CAUAUGACUUCAAUAUAAUAUCAAUGCAGUAUAAAAAGAGAAUAAAACAAUAGAAAUGUGCAUAUUUCCAUUUUACAUACACAGUUAUCUUACAAAACUCAUUUAAGAUGUGGACAACAUUAUUUGUUUAUAUAAUUGUUUGUUUUUUUUCACAACAGAGUUUAAGAGUUCAAUGUGUUCUUUCAUCACAACCUUGUUCUUCUUCAACUACAUCAAGUGAAGUAUCAGUUACUCCAUCAACUUCAAACUAUGAUUCAUCUCUUCCAAUAAAUGACAUACUUUUGUUGCUCAAUAAUUUUUCAGCUUUACCUACACUUCCUCCAUCAACCAUUAUUGCUCUAUUGAAUACGAUAUCCUAUAAUCCGUCAUUAUUAACAGUUGUUCCACCUUGUGCUAUUAUCAAUUUGCUCAAAUUUUUAGCAUCAAGUCCUUCUCUUUUAAGUGCUCUUCCUUCAACAACAGUCAUCACAUUCUUAGCUGCAUUAGCAUCUAAAUCAUCUGUAGUUAGCUUAAUUCCGCCAUCUGUGAUCCUUUGUUUAGUUAAAGCUAUUUCUUCAAGUGCUCCAUCAUUAUUUGCUAUUAUACCUCAACCAAUAUUACUAUCUCUAUUGAGCGGUAUAAUGCCUUCCUUAGGAUUACCUUCAAGUACUUCUGCUUCGACAGUUGUUGCUAACCUAACGAUACCUGCCCCUACCGCUCCAGUUAUAGUUCCAGGACCAGCUCAAGGACCAAUCGUCAUACAACUUCCUAAAAAAUCCCAAAAGAAAUCUCCCAUUAUCGUUCCAGCUGGUCCUGCUCCAAAUUUGUUAGUUAAUAUAGAACAAAGUAGCCAGACUGCACCAGUGAUUUUACCUUCAUGCGCUCCGGGUCCAAUUGUUAUUAAUGAUAAUAUAAAUUCACAAACAGGACAAAUUAUUAAUGCUCCAGCUCCGCCGCCAGCGAACAUUAUAUUCUCUUUACCAACCCCAAAAUCUAGUGCACCAAUAGUUUUACCACCUGCUCCAAUUCCACAAAUUUUAUACAAUCCUGGAAAUAGAAUCAGUAGACCAGAUAUAAUUUUUCAAACUCCUUCUAGUUUACCAAAGUUAUUUUAUCUGCCACCUUUAAGUAGCUCGACGCCUAACUUUCCACCAAGAACAUGUCAAAAUAUGCCACCUCUGCUAGCUCAAGUGCCAAGCUGUAAUAUCAAUUGUUGAUUCGCUUUUGAUUUAAAUAUAUCUAUGAAUUAUUUCUAUAUUGAUAAAAAUUGUUUUUACAGUUAAAAAUUAAAUAAAAAGUCUGAUUUUUGAAAUAUAUAUAAA